CCUCAGGUCGAGUCUGGUUUAAUGUUUUUUACACAAAAGAGCACAGCAUAAGGCAACACAAAGUAGAAUUGCAGGUUAGUACUAUUAGUAAAGCAAAAGUGUAAAAAUGAAAGCACACCUCACCCACCAUUGUAAAAAUCCCAUUAACUUGUGUUGUACUGAGAACAAAGGUUAACUAUUAACUUAAACACAAAACUGAGGUGGUGGGUAUAUAGUGAGAGGCGCCAUGAGCACAUUUCUUUAUUGGAAGGAGGAGGUUUACACCCCAGUUAUUGGGUUCAUAGGUGGUUGUCUUUCAGAUACAGGACCAACAAUGCCUUCUGGAUUUGAACGUGUCAUCCUGUUCUCGAUUCUUGGUCUAGGAGGAUUUCUGAUGCUGUUUUUAAUGUACGAUAAAUCAGCUCCAUCUCGGAUCUGCCCUCCCGAGCCUGCUUUGCCAGGUCCUUACUCAAAAAGACCUGAGAACAGGUGCUUGUCUAAGCAGCCAGAGCCAGAAAAGCCCCUCCUGCUGUUGUGGUUCUGGCCUGAAAACCGCAGGUUUGAUUUUAGCGAUUGUGCCACUUUCUUCAACAUUGAUGGCUGCCACCUGACAGAUGACAGGUCUCUGUACAACAAGGCAGAUGGUGUGCUCAUCUUUCACAAAUCCAUCAAACACGAUUUAUCCAACUUGCCUCCAUCACCUCGACCACCAUUCCAGAAGUGGAUUUGGUAUCACGUGGAAUCACCUACAAACACAAUUAGGAUACCUGGUCUAGAUAACCUUUUCAACUUGACCUUGAGUUAUAGGGAAGACGCAGACGUCCCUGUUCGUUGGCGUUUGACCGCAAGGAAAAGCCAGGGUGAAGACUUUAUGCUGCCAAAGAAGGAUAAAUUAGUUUGCUGGAUAGUGAGUAACAAAGACCCUGCAACUGGAACAGAGGUACGGGAUAACUAUUACAGAGAGCUUGCCAAACAUAUUAAAGUGGAACUCUUUGGCAAGGCCUAUGCAAGGUUCUUGAAAUAUGAGGACUACUACUCAACACUCUCCAGCUGUAAGUUUUACCUCUCCUUUGAGAACUCAGUCCACAAAGACUACAUCACAGAGAAGCUAAACGGACCACUUGCAGCAGGAACUGUGCCAGUGGUAUUGGGCCCACCGAGACAGAACUAUGAAGACUUUGUCCCAGGAGAUUCCUUCAUCCAUAUUAAUGACUUUCCCGAUGCAAAAGCCCUGGCUGAAUUCCUCCUCAAGUUGGACAAGGAUGAUGAGGCAUAUCUGCGCUACUUUCAGUGGCGUAGAAACUUCUCUGCUCAGGAACAUCUGAUUCAACCGAGUCAAGAGUUCAUCCAAUCUAUUUGUUAUGGAUGUGACCAUGUGGGCAAACAUAAAGAAUACAGGGUUGUUCACAACCUUUACAAGUGGUAUUUUGUGUAAUUAGUCACUUAUGAUUAGCUUUUAUCAUAAUUUGCAUGUCUAUUAUCUUCAAUAUACCAAAAAGGUAUCUUGAUUUAUCCUACAGCACUUAGGGAGUGCAUACACCGCAUCGAAUGCUGAUCUGCUGGUUCGUUCAGCACUGUGUGUUUUAGUGACUAACCGCAGAUGGGUGUCUGACUGCCAACAUUUUCGCGAGAUUCUACAUGUAGAAUCACUUUACACUCUGUUUGCACAUUAUGGCUGGCUGUAACGCCCUGGCCAUAGAGAGGGGUUUUUGUUCUUUAUUUUGGUUAGACCAGGGUGUUACAUUGGGUGGGCGUUCUAUGUUCAUUUUCUAUGUUUUUGUAUUUCUUUGUUUUGGGCCGUGUGGCUCCCAAUCAGGCACAGCUGUAGUUCGUUGUUGCUGAUUGGGAGUCACACAUAAGUAGCCUGGUUUUCCUUUGGGUUUUUGUGGGUGAUUGUUUCUGUUUAGAGUUUUUCCUGACAGGACUGUUUGGCUGUCGUUUUUUGUUUAUUUUUGUAAAGUGUUCUCUUUUCAUUAAAAUUCUAAUGAUGAACACAUCCUCCGCUGCACCUUGGUCUAAUUCUGACGACGGCCGUUACACUGGCUCUCUGUUCAGAGGUGUUAUGUACUCUCGGCCGACAGACACUAUCGGUGUCUUCGUGCCUUUACACUCACAUUUGUCUAUAAAAACUUGGUAUUCGUAGAUUGCCCAAAUAUAUAAGAACCUUCUCAGAGAAGGUCUUUUAGAAAUGUUCUCUGCUACUGUUCUGGAGGUGUUUCCCUAUUACAACUUGUAAUAAACCGGAUAGAUUUUUUUAUUGAUAUUAUCAACGACUGCUCUGCUUUUGUUUCAACUGGAAAAUCCCUUUACAACUGUGUUAUUGUACAGUGCAUUCGGAAAGAUUUCAGAACACUUCACUUUUUCCACAUUUUGUUACGUUACAGCCUUAUUCUAAAAUGGAUU